CUUUCCCCGCCUUGUUUGAUUUAUCAAGGUGGCAAUCAAAUACUUUGAUUUGAGUUUUUUUAUCAGGAGACGCUCCAAUUUUUCGGACCGACAGUCACCGACGGCCCGUUGAAUGUCAUGUGUGACGGACGACUCCUUAUUAUUAUGGGCGGCUAACUGACGCUAUGGGUCCUGGGAAUGCUAUAUAUACAUGAGAGGUUAAGAGAAGCAAAAGCAGAUCAAGCCAAUCAGUGGAUUUCAUACUCAAACGCUUUCGCCUCUUGAUACGGAGUAUUACCCACCUGAGUCUUACUUGACCAACUUCAAUUUUAACGCGGACUCAGUAAUAGAUCACUCUUCUUCAAGAUGGUCGGUUUUGGAUCUAAGCGCCUUCGCCAGGAAGCAAUGGAGGCCUCCAUGGUUCCCACAUCUGAUUCGGAGCGACGACCAUGGCAUGCCCACUCUCGAGCGUAUCUGCUCGCUAGUGUAGGCUUCCUAGGUAUCUUCCUUUUCGGUUACGAUACUGGUCUUGGUGGAGGCGUCAUCGCUCUUUCUUCUUUUGCCACAUCUUUUAACAUCACUGGAACCAGUGACGAAAUUGCGGAUUUGCAGGGUAACAUUGUUGCUAUCCUACAAGGCGGAGCCUUCUUCGGUGCCAUUAUUGCCGCUUGGGUCAACGACUGGUUGGGUCGAAAGUACUCUCUUAUGGUUGGAUGCUGGAUCUUCAUCAUCGGUGCCUGCUUCCAAACUGCGGCCAGCUCUCAGCUGUCAUGGGUAUACGGAGGACGAUUCACUUCGGGUUUCGGAGUAGGUCUCAUGUCAGCUGUCUGCCCUACCUAUGCCAGUGAGAUUGCGCCUAAGGAAAUUCGUGGCCGAAUCACUGGUAUGUUCCAGGUUAUUGUCGUCAUCGGCGUUGCCUUCUCCUACUGGAUUAAUUAUGGUGUAACCUUCAUGGACCAAAACCGAGGGAACAUUGUGUGGCGAAUCCCCAUCGGCUUCCAGCUCGUCCCUGUUGGUAUCAUGGUCAUGCUCUUGCCUCUCCUCAAAGAAUCCCCUCGAUGGCUCGCAACCAAGCACAAGGACGAAAGAGCACUUGCCAACCUCGCUUGGAUUAGGAAGCUUCCCGUCACCGACCAGUCUGUUCAGCUUGAAUAUGCUGAAAUCGCCGCUGCUAUCAGGGAGGAGGAGGAGGCUACCAAGGGCGCCUCUUGGAGGGAAGUUUUUGCCAAGGGUAACCCCAUCCGAUUCAUCAUCGCUUUCGUUGUCUUCACCCUUCAGCAAUGGAGUGGUCAGAACUCUAUUUCUUACUAUGCUCCCAUUAUUUUCCAGUCUAUCGGUAUCAGAGGUAGCAAGUCUGGAUUGCUCGCCAGUGGUAUCUACGGUAUCGUCAAGAUUAUUGCCACCGGUACUUUCAUCGCCUUCGGUAUUGAGAGAUUCGGCAGGAAGAAGCCUUUGCUCUUGGGUGUCAGCCUUAUGUCCUUGUUCCUUUGGAUCAUCGGUGCCAUCUUCAACACCCACCUUCCUGACAAAAACGCCACUACUACUUCCGCUGCUUCCAUCGCUAUGGCUGUCAUGAUUUACCUUUUCGUCAUCCCUUACUGCUUCUCUGUUGGUCCUCUUCCAUGGGUUAUCUGUUCUGAGAUCUUCAACAACCGCACACGUCAUUAUGGUCUCAUGACUGCCGCCGCCACCCAAUGGCUCUGGAACUUUGCUGUUACCAAGGCUACCCCUCUCAUGGUCAUUCACAUGCCUAAGGGUGGGAUCUUCUUCUUUUUCGCUGCUAUCAAUAUAAUUUCGUUCUGUCUCGCCAUGUUCCUUCCCGAGACAUCAGGUGUCUCUUUGGAGUCUAUGGACGUCAUCUUUGGUUCCGUCACCAAGGAGGAACGAGAGGCCGAGAUUGCGAGACGAGCAGUCGAGCUCGAAGGCCGAACACUCGACGAGGAGGAGAAGCAUGGAGCUGAGCACCUGGAGCACUUUGACGAAAAGGAAAAGGAAAGGGUUUAAAGGAUUUAUAGGUUAUCUAAUUAUUUGUCUGGAGGGUUAUUGAGAUAGGGUUUUGAGUAUCUUGGUGUAUACUUUAGCGGUGAAACGAUUAUCGGGUCUUGUAAUAAUCAGAAAGCUCAUGGUACAUCUGAUGUAUAUGCAACUGGUACAUCUAUUAUGC